AUGGCCGCUUCUGGAGUUGCCAAGAGGCACCCCACGGGCACAUUCGACGACGCCGACGCGUUCAGCCUCUGCAGAAUACCGGAUCCGCCGACGUCCGCCCCGACGCCGGCUCCGACACUAGCUCCGACGACGUCGUCGCCCAUCAGCGCAACGGGCGACCCGCACAUGACCUCGGUAACCGGCGCCAAGUUCGACAUUGUGCGGACAGGCAACCACACGCUGCUCCACAUCCCGCGGCACUCCGCCGCAGACGAUGCCUUGAUCGACGUGCGGGGCGUCGUGAAGCACGAGGGGCCGACGUGCCUGGACAUGUAUAUCGACGCCCUGCACAUCACCGGCAAGUGGGCGGACGACAGGCAGUUCGGGGGCCUCAGCUUCUUCGCUGACAGGCGCAGCGAGGUCAGCGAGGGCUGGAUGACAUUCGGGAAGCUGGAGUUCAAGGUCGUGCACGGUACCACCCUCGGCGGCGUAAAGUACCUCAACCUGCUCGCCAGGCACUUGGCAAAGGUUGACCUGCCCAUCGGCGGCAUCCUCGGGCUGGACGACCACAGCAGCGCGGCCACGCCCGAAGAGGAGUGCAAGCGGAGCAUCUCGCUGCUGUCCGCUUCCACGGCGGAGUAGGGCGCGCAAGACCAGCGAUGAGAGUAGGUCCCCGCGGGUGGCGGCGCGCGACGAGGUGGCGGUGCGCAUAAGGGGGCAGCGGUGUAGGGCCUGGCUACAGACACCGGGACGCCAGGUGGUGGGAGGGCUUCCCCUUUGCGAACCGCUGGAUCCCCUUGUAAUGCUCGACCUGCUGGUCUGGAACCGGAGGCCCCCUGGGCCAGGCUCCCCCCCCCGCUCCAGGACCAGGGGCCCCCGCUGCACACACGGGGGAGGCAGUGUCCCAGAAAGGUGAAUUUGGAGUGGAGGGGGGUCCCCGCCCGCCCUGUUCUGGGAUGCGCUGUCCGUGUUGGGCCUGCGCUCUGUUUGCGGAUUGAAUUUGUUACUGACUGUCAGUUGAUUGGGCUGACUGCAGGCUAUGUUUCAAUGCCAGCACGGAGUGUGCGCUUACGCGGCUGCAAAAGACUUGCCCCAGAUGCAGCACCCGAGUCCGGUGGAGCAGUACGUCACUUCUGAUUGCCAGCGAUCACAGCGCUGGGAGAAUCAGAUGGACACCCCAGCGGCGGCGGCGGCGGCGGUGUGGUCAGCAUGAGGAUCAGGCAGCCGCAGAACAGUCCUCAGGGUGGCGUUCAGCGUGGCGCCCGCCUCGUGGAAAAUGG